AUGUCUGCUCUCAAUUUCGCCCGACAAGUUUUUAACCCUGAAAAGCCCCACUCAUCUAUAACCGAUUGGGUUGAUAUCCUCACUGUGAGCUCCAUCGAAGAGGAGGCGUAUGAUGGGAUACCAGAACUCGUCGAAUCUAUCAAUCUUCAAGGAACUACUGGUCCAGCAGAAGCUUCAAGAGCACUACGAAAGAAACUCAAACAUGGGAAUCCACACCAACAGUAUCGGUCUCUUGUGCUAUUGAAAGCCCUCGUUGAGAAUUGCGAUGACAGGUUCCAUCACACCUUCGCCGACAACCAACUCAUCGAUGCUUUUCGAGCCAUUGCCGCAGAUCGCAACGCUGACAAAAGAGUACAGAAAAAGCUGAAGCUUGUGUUGCUGUCGUGGCAGGAACAGUUUAAAUCUGAGCCUUCGAUGCGGCAUGUGGCCGAUCUAUAUUUGAUCAUCAAGGAUAGUCGAAGGGAGUUGGAGAAUGCUCUUUAUGUUCCUCCCAGCAAAGCAGAAACGGGAGAUCCGAAAAAGAAGAAGGAGGAGGCAAGGGAGAAGGAGCGGGAGAGGCUGCGGAGUGAAGAGGAUGAGCGAAAGCGAAAGAAGGCGAAGACGAGGAGGCAGCCUUUCAAUUUUGAGCAGGAGAAACCGAAGGUGCUUGCAAGCAUCGCAGAGGCAUCGCAGGCGUCAAGUAACCUUGUUAACGCGAUCAUACUUGUCAAUCCGGAGAAAGAAAGUUUAUUAACAAAUGAACGAGUUCAGGACUGUCUGGAAAUUGCUAAACAGGCGAGGAAGGCUAUCGUUCGCUACGUCCAGCUCGUCGAGAACGAAGAAGUGAUCGGUGUCCUUAUCGAAACCAACGACCGCAUUAUAACUGCGUUGGAAAUGUACGAUCAAGCUCAAGCUGCACUUCAGGACAAGGCGGACACCAAAGAUAUUACCUCGGGGUUAGCAGGCACGCGUUUGGGAGGAUCGACAGGAGAGCUCACUAGGUUGCAAGAUCGACAACGGGCGGAGGUAGAGAAGGCCAAGCAGACUCAUACCCCACCGUUCGAGGCGCAUCCGGAUUUGCAGGAUUUAGAUUUCGGUGCUUCAUCUAGCAAGCUUCCGCCACCCCUUCGACCAAUGAAUAUGGGAGACCGUGAUGACGAGCAAGGUGUUCCGGGUGGUGGAUCCUUGUCAGACUUUAGCGACUACGAGUCGUCAGAUGAGGAUAUGCAUAACAAUCGUGCAUGGUCCAGGUACGAGAACAAACAGGAGUAUAUAACAGUGUCCGACGAUUCAGAUGAUGCUAAAAUUGGGAUACGGAGACGUGUCGAAGAGGAAAACCCAUUCGCAGACCCGUUUGCCGAUCAAGUAGUAGUAGGGCCUUCAAAGCAUUUGUGA